CACCAUGGCCAUGGAACAGUUGCAGGAAGAAUGUACGAAUACAGAGGUCCUGAUGAACGCUCUUUACCAACAUCGUGCGUUGGAAAACUUUCUAAUGAAGAAAGCCAUCCCGUUCCUGGAGAACAAGCUAGAGGCAGCGGAGAAGGUCGUCCUCCGUUGGCAAGAACGCGCGACGAAAGCGGAGAACCGCAUUGAAUAUCUUGAGCGGCAGUUACAGGAAAAGGAAAGACUCGUCAAUCACCAGAAAAGUGUGAAUGAUGUGCAGUAUCAAAUAAUGAUGAAGACGGGCUCCGUCAUGGGUGAGGUGGUUUGGAAAUCGUUCAAAAGCCAUGCCACCAUAAAAAUGCUGGUCGACGCCGAGGAAACGAUGGACAAGUACUGUGCAAUGUCGCAAGGAUUCGUCGAAUCUUUUCUCGGCACAUACAACGGCUGCAUGCCACCGCAGAAAUCGUUGGAACAUGUGUUUGUAAUUUCAAUUCUCGGAGCGUUGACUAAUUUUGCUGCCUUCAGCGAAGGACGUGCGUUCCUGGCAAAGCGGCAUUCGGGUUUACUGCUGAUGGAAAGGCUGCUGCAGGAUCAAGCCAAGUGGAGCAUCAACCAUUGCCGGAACAUGAAAAGGAUGGUGUUAACUUUUGUGUACAACUUUUCACUCGUCGACAAUGUGGCGUAUUUUGUACUGAGUGAGGAGAAGCUGUUGAACGCAGUGCUCACGUGCGUUCGUUUGAACGAUUCUAGCGAUGUGGUCGGCGUAGCAGUGGCCAUUGUCUACCGUCUGCUGACGAUAUCACUACAGGCAGGCAUCCCGUCCGCUUUGCCGGAAAAGAUACCAUGGUCGAUGGUAAGGGAAAUGACUGCCUCUCCCGAUAGCAAGCUGGUGGAAAUAGCAAAAAAUUUGAUUGCUGUGAUGGAAUCAGGAGCCGGAUCAUUAUCGUUUCAGUCAUGCUGAAUGUUCACCAAAAGUUGAAAUGAUGUGUCAUGAGUGAAACACAGACUAAAUAGGGGCUUUUGUGAGGAUC